AUGUCGGGCCCGACCAUUGUCCUCAUAACAGGAGCUAACACAGGUAUAGGCUAUCAAACGGCCUUGCAACUCCCCCUUUUUCAUAAUGACACCUACAAGAUCUUUACCAAGUCUGAGCUGGAACCGUUGGUAGUAGACCUGGAGGAUGAUGAGAGUAUCAAGAGAGCUCAUGAGGAAGUGGACAGGAAAGUAGAAAAGUUGGACGUUUUGGUAAACAAUGCUGGUGUUUUACUCGAUAGUCAAGCCAAAACACAGAACCUGUCCACUCGUCAACUAUUCCUUCAAACAUUCAAUACCAACGUAUUUGGUGUUCAAGUUCUUACUGAAACAUUUAUCCCUCUCUUAUUGAAAUCUACUUCUCCACGCCUCUUGUUCCUCGGAACAAGUAUGUCAUCACUUACCGUCUCUGAAAACCCAAAUCCAUAUUUCAAUCAUCCUCCUCCUGCAGGGUGGCCGAAAGAAAAUUCGGAUUUCUGGGCGCACAAAUCAAGUAAAUUGGCGUUAAUGAUGAUUAUGAGAGAUUGGUCCAAAAAUCUAAAGAACGAUAAUGUAAAAGUAUGGGGUAUCAACCCAGGUCUUGUCGCAACGAACUUGGGAGGAAGUAAAGAAUUCCUCAAAUCCAUUGGAGCGGGCGAUCCGGCGGUAUCGGGUAGGUUGAUUAGGGAUGUCAUUGAAGGUGAGAGGGAUGGGUAUGUGGGCAAGUUGAUUGCUACGGAGGAUGAUUAUUUUGGUAGUGUGGUACCAUGGUGA